CAAUGCAGAACACUCCACGUCCUCCAUACUACACUAGUACACUCUGCGACAAUUUCUCUCUCCCAUUUCUUUCUUUCUUCGACGAAUUUCCGCAAUUGUAAACCUCAAUCGAUAACAUAUUCAGACGCAGAAAGAAAAUGAUCAACAGAUUUUCGCAAAUUUCUCGCAUCUUCUCCAAUGCAUCUGUUCGUCAUAAUCCUAAUUUUCGACUCAAAUUGAUCCGCUUCUUCUCUAAUCGUCCAGGACCCCUGGUACAAUACCAGAAUCUAGUUGAGCAAGGCAAGCUACAACAUGAUCCAUAUCAAGAACGAGUUGCUUCUGAAUUGGAAAAUCUUUUGGGGAGGCUGGAGAAAUAUGAGAAGGAUAUGGAAGAAUAUCAUGAAAAGUUAGCAAGCUGGGAGAGCAAAAGGGAGGAAGAGCACCGCCGGAUUCUAAUGGAGGAAGCACAGCGCAGGCAACAGGGUGAUGUGUGGUCAGAAAUGAAAAAGAAGCGAAAUAAAUUGGUUGAAAGUAUGACUCGGAGGAAUUCUCAGGAUGUAGAACCGGGAGUGGGAAAGUGGGUUUCGUACCUCAACCGGGAGAAGAAAUUGGAUUCUUUAUUUGGUCCACGUCCAGUUGCUCCUGUGGCCCCGAAAGGAUUGUAUUUGUAUGGAAAUGUGGGAAGUGGGAAAACUAUGCUUAUGGAUAUGUUUUAUCGCGCAACAGAAGGAGUUGUUAAGCAUCGAAGAAGGUUUCACUUUCAUGAGGCUAUGCUAGAGAUUCAUGAACAUAUGCAUAAAUUAUGGAAGCAUCAGGUGGAAGAAAAGUCCUUGCAGUCAAGUAUAUCUAGCUGGAUUACGAAUCUUCCCUUUGAUAGCAAAGUCAAAGAAUGGUUGGCUGCAGAAGAACAAUAUAAGCAAGAAGUACAAUUUAAAUACAUUCUUCCUGCUGUGGCAGAUAAUUUUCUUGUAGGUCAACAAGAGGGUGAAAAAGGAGCUAGCAUUCUUUGCUUCGAUGAAAUACAGACUGUUGAUGUAUUUGCUAUUGUGGCCCUAUCUGGAAUUGUUAGCAGAUUGCUGAGUACUGGAACUGUGUUUGUAGCCACCAGUAAUCGAGCUCCCAGAGACUUGAAUCAGGAUGGAAUGCAGAAAGAGAUUUUCCUAAAACUGGUUGAGAAACUGGAAGACCAUUGCCAGAAUGUUCUAAUUGGAAGUGAGAUUGAUUAUCGUCGACUUAUUGCCCAGAGAUCUGUAAACCAGAUUCACUACUUCUAUCCUUUAGAUAGCAAGGCACUGCAGGAAUUUGACAAAAUGUGGUAUGAGGUCACCAGCCAUUAUGGAGGGGACGUGACAACUAAAACUAUUCCUGUGAUGUUUGGGAGGACUUUAGAUGUUCAACAAAGCUGCAAUGGGGUUGCACGUUUUUCCUUCGAGUAUCUUUGUGGUCGCCCGGUUGGGGCAGCAGAUUAUAUUGCAAUAGCUAACAAUUACCACACUGUCUUUAUAUCUGACAUCCCUGCAAUGAGCAUGCGUAUCAGGGACAAGGCACGGAGAUUCAUCACGCUCGUAGACGAGUUAUACAAUCAUCACUGUCGCCUAUUUUGUUCUGCCGCCUGUUCUGUUGAUGACCUCUUCCAAGGAACUGAAGAAGGACCUCUUUUUGAUUUGGAAAGUUUUCAAUUCGAAACAGAGAUGGAAGAUGCAAAGCUUCGCAGGGAUGUCUUAGCAGAAGGUAGUAUGGGUUCUGGUGGAUCUCCAAGUGGCAUCAUAUCUAUACUAUCUGGAGAAGAAGAGAUGUUCGCCUUCCGUCGAGCUGUUUCUCGCCUGAUAGAAAUGCAGACGCCUCUGUACUUGGAAGGAGUUCGUUACUUGCAUCCCUACUUCCAAAGACAAACAAGUAGCCUCGAGAAUGAUCAGGCAACAACAUUGCAGUCUCAAACAUCUUCCUGACCAUUUUUACUGCGGAAUUCAGCGCGAUAACUAACUUUCUUGCACUCACCUCUUCUUUUGACUUGGGUUUAUAUGUCUUCCUGCAGAGAUUAUACCAGUAUUUGACCAUAUGAUAUGAGCCUAUGCUGUCUAUAAGAAGUUAUGCACUACAGAGACAUUAUUGCAAUCUAUAAGAUAUUGUCAUAUAUACUGAUAUGUCCUACGUGUUAUAUGUUGAUAGCAUUUUCACAAUAUAGCGAAAAUUUAUUUGUGGUUAUAUUUUGUUAA